AAUUCAAACAAAUAACAACUUACUUACCCAUGCGGUUGGAUUACAGAUAAUAAAAAUUCAAUUUUGAAGAAUAUUUUGUUUUCAAUUUUAAAUUUGAAUAGGUACUCUUGAAUUAACUCCGAUCGGUACUAUAAAAAUGCCUACAAAUGUAUAUCGAGUUCUUGGGCCCGAAGGGUCCAUACCUUAUCAGCAAUAUUUAAUCGAUAGAAACAAUACUAAACUUGAAGAAAUUGCCACGGGAUUAAUGAAGGAUACUCGAUGUGAUGGCAGAGAUAUUUCAACCCACAGAAAUUUAUGUAUCAAAACUGGUAUUGUUACACAAGCCAAAGGUUCAGCUUAUUUAGAAUGUGGUAGUACAAAAUUAAUAUGUUCUGUAUUUGACCCUAAAGAAGUUCCGAAUAAAGUAGAAUAUGCUAAAACUGGAGUACUCCAGUGUGAAUUUAAAUUUGCUACAUUUUCAUGUAGACAGCGGCGCACUUAUACAAGAGAUUCUGAAGAACGGCAAUUGUGUAAUGAACUACGCAGAGCUUUAGAACCUGCUAUUUGUAGAGGUGAAUUUGCAAAUUUUGAAAUUCAUAUUAACGUUCUGGUAUUAGAAAAUGAUGGAUCUGUGUUGGCUGCUGCAAUCACAGCUGCAGGACUUGCACUAAUGGAUGGAUGUAUACCUAUGUAUGAUGUGAUCGUUGCUACUUCAUUGGGUAUUUACAAUAACAAAAUUUUAGUAGAUCCAACAUAUGAUGAGGAAACAUUGUGCUCAUCUAGGAUAGACAAUGGAGAAAACAAGGGCACCGUCAUGCUAGCUUAUAUGAAGAAUUUGCAACAAAUUACAGAAUUUGCUCAGAAUGGUUCAAUGGAUGUAAACAUGUUUCCAGAAUACGUACAAACAUUGAUUAAUCAAAAUUGUAAACUAUACAAAAUGGUGAUCUCUGCAGCUAGAAAAGAUGUUAUUGAACAUUUUGAAAAUGAAACUAAAGAAUAAAUUAAAAAGUCGAGCCAAGUUUAUUAAUUUAAUAAUAAGAGUAUAAAAUAUUUUUUUAAAGAUUGUAUUAAAUCCCUAAUUGCAUACAUUUGUGUUUAUUUUAAUUAUUAUUGAUUUAAAUUUGAUCAAAUUUUAAUUAAAAACCUCUUAUAAUAACAUGUCAGAUUUUAUUCAGGAUUUGUUAUCAUACUAAAAAUCAAGUUAUCAAAUUUACCAUAGUGAUUUAAAUUUGUUAAUGAUGUCUUCUUUUUCAAUAUAUUUAAUAAGUAUAAUUCAUCAUUUUUUUCCUCCAUUGUAAUUAAUACUCAAAAGCUAUCCCUCUAAUUGAAUUAAGGGGGUUUGAGUGUGAUGUGUUAUAAGGAGUUAUCUUAAGGAAUUGCAUAUAGCAAUUAUAUUUGAUCUGUGUUACUGUCUAAGCAAAUUAAUGUUAGUGUGUGUAAUUGGUAAAAUUUGUUAUCAAGUACCGGGCACCAAUGGCUCACCGCCACAAAUAAAUUUCUCCACACACAGGCACAUGUCAAUGAUACAGAUUUUAUCAAAUAAACGUCAUGAUAUACAAAUGACAAAAUGCCAUAAAGCUAGACAAAAUUGAAAGAAUUGGAUUCGACAAAUCGUAAUUUUGAAAAUAGAUAUUAAUUAAUCAUUGUGUUCAUUGGAGAAUGGCUGAGGGAAUUUUAUUUAUUCGAAUUCUUCAAUAAAAUAUGAACAAUUUAAAAAAUAAGAAUUUUGGUAAUUUAUAUAUUUAAGUACGCUGUUAAAUUUUAUAAUGAUAUAUUUCAAAGGUCAUGCUUUAGUAGAGUUGUUGAAGAUUUAGAGUUAAUUUUCAAAAUUAAAAUCCGUCAAACUUAAUUCCCACAGUUUUAUCUAGCUUUUGGCCUGUUUUACGAGAUUAUUUGUACCUGCUCCAGCCACUUUAAAAUUGUACCUAUGUUUGAUUCAAUGUAUUUUGGUGUUUUUAUAUCCUUACAUAUUGUUAUAAAGCCAGUACAUACCAAUUUAUAAAUGACUGCAAUCGCCUAUUUAGAUUAAUUUGUUAUUAUUUAUUAUUUGUGUUGCUUUUGCUGCACCUAGCAACUUAGUAACAAUAUACAAUUAUUAACACAAGCUUUCACAUACAGACUAAACCAUG